AUCAUCAAAUGGUAUCUAUUUGCAUUUUGCAAUCAUAUCUGGCUGGCAUUUCUUCCUGCCGCAGUGAGUAGUAGUUUCAGUUACAAAUCAGAAUGACCAAAAAGAAAGUACUUAUUCCGAUCUUUAAACAAUUAAUUUCGAGUCGCUUCAGUUGGUAUUCAGUUCUAGCAUCUCUAGCUUGUUUCCCAUCUACUAAAAUUGCUUUCAUUCGAUCAAAUGUCUCAGCAAAAUCAGCAAAGCAAGGCUCUCUAGUAACACCAUUUGCACUUUUCUGGCACCUUUUGGCUUCUGAACAGUGAACACCCUGGAGGAUGAAAUUGGACUUAUAUUCUGGGGCCUGCUAAUUGAAGUUUAUUUCACUACCUCGCUAGCAAAUAAUAAGCCCAUCAAAGGUAAUAAGCCAAUAUAUCAUAAGAAAAUAAUCUUGAAAUGAUCAUUCUUGCGAAAAGUACAUAGUUUCACAUUCGCAGUAGGAAAAAUGCCAACAUUCACGGCAGUGAUUACAGAGUUGCAGUCAUGCUAGUACUUGAAUGCUGCACUAUUAUUCGUGUAGCCGUGGAGAAUACUUGUAUUACUUGUUCAUGACUUCAAUUCAUGUAUGAUGUACCUGCUCAUAUAUAUGUAUGCUUUCCUAAUGUUUAUAUUCAUAUAACUCACAGUUAAGCCUAUUAUUCUAUGGAAAUGCAAAAACAUAUGAGUUUCCUCGUUCUAGUUUAUGCACUAAGUGUCCUGUCAUUUCUCAAGUUUGGCUGCGGAAGCUGUGAUGAGAGUGAGAAACAAGCUUUGCUGCUCCUUAAAGAGAGUCUCACUGACGAGCAAGCCUUUAAUUGCUUGUCGUCGUGGGUUGGAGAUGAUUGUUGUGCAUGGUAUGGAAUCGGUUGCAACAACAUAACCGGACAUGUCCUGCAACUUGAUCUUAGACAAUGCUAUCUAACAGGUGAUCAAAUAAACCCUUCCUUGCUUGAUUUAAAAUAUUUGACUCACUUGGACUUGAGCUACAACAGUUUUGAGAAUGUUCAAAUUCCAGAAUUUUUCGGGUCCUUCAAGGAUCUGACAUAUCUGAACCUCUCUCACAUAUAUUUGAAAGGUUCGGUACCCCAUCAUUUUGGAAAUCUUUCAAACUUACGAUACCUUGAUCUAAGUGCAUACUUUCAUUAUGAUUUAAGUAUUGAUAAUAUGGAAUGGUUAACUAGACUUUCUUCAUUGGUACACUUAGAUCUCUCCUUUGUUGAUCUUUCUAGGGCAACUAACUGGUUUCGAGACAUUAACAUGCUUCCUGAUUCUUUAUUAGUCCUGAAAAUGGUAAAUUGUCAGCUGCCCAACAAUAUCCCACUUCAUCUCCCAUUUACAAAUAUAACAUCUCUUAUUUCACUCAAUCUUGGUCUGAAUCAGUUCAAUUCUUCUUUUCCUUUGUGGGUUUUUAACAAUACUGGCAUUGCUUACCUUUCACUUAGGAGUAACCAAUUUAAUGGCCCAAUUCCUGAUUCUAUUGGAAAGUUGACAUCUCUUGUUAAUCUUGAUCUGAGUUCUAACAAUUUUCAAGGUCCGGUCCCCGAAUCCAUAGGAGCUUUGGCAUAUCUUGCUAACCUUGAUCUUGGAGAAAAUUAUGUACAUGGAUUGAUUCCUCAAUCUAUUGGAAAUUUGACUUCACUUCAACAAGUUAAUCUUGCUGGAAAUGAAAUAAUUGAUCAAAUCCCAAGUGGCAUGGGCAAUCUCACAGGACUUCGGUUCCUCAACAUAAAUUUCAAUGAAUUAAGGGGUUUUCUACCAGAAACAUUUUGCCAGAUCUCCAAGCUUGAAACAUUGUUCGCACGUGGUAAUCAACUUAGUGGAAGCAUUCCCAGAUGCAUCGGAAAAUUAUCAAAUCUAGGAUACCUGGAUCUCUCUCAUAAUUCUUGGGAUGGUUUUCUAUCAGAGCAUCACUUUGCUAAUCUUACCAGCCUCAGAGACUUGUCUAUUUCCUCAAGGUCUAACCUAGUGUUGAAUGUUAGUUCUGCAUGGGCUCCUCCGUUUCAGCUUGAAUCUAUAUACUUGGAGUCCUUAAAAGUUGGUCCUAAAUUUCCUAACUGGCUUCUUGCACAGGGAGAUCUUCAAUAUCUUUUAAUUCCAAAUACAAGCAUGUCAGAUGUCCCAACUGAUUGGUUUGUGAGUUUCUUAUCUCGAGCAACCACUCUUGAUUUAUCCAACAAUGAAAUCAAUAGUGAACAAUUGUCAUUAAUUUCAGUAGAUUCAAGUCCUUUCAUGAGUGCAUUGCUGUUGUCAAAUAACCGUUUGUCGGGUGAAUUUCCUGCAUUUUUAUGCAAUCUAACGUCAUUGUCAAUUUUAGUUCUCUCCAACAAUAACUUUUCAGGAAAAAUCCCCCAAUGCAUAAGCAACAUGACCCGGAUGGGGGAUCUUGAUGUCAUGAAUAACAGUCUCUCUGGUGAAAUUCCUGUCUUCUUGGGUUUUUGGGGAGAACUCGCGUAUUUAAACUUACACAACAAUGAGUUUGAAGGAACACUCCCUUGGUCCAUCCAAAAUUUGAGAAAGCUAGUUGCACUUGAUGCGGGAAAGAAUAAUUUGAGGGAUAUUCUUCCUCCUUGGACCAGAGACCAAUUACCUCAUCUCCGAUAUCUAAUACUCCGGUCCAACAAUUUCUAUGGUAAUAUUCCCACAGAACUUUGCCACCACACAUUAAUUCAAGUUUUAGACUUGUCACAAAAUCUAUUUACUGGGAACAUUCCUCCUUGUUUCAACAAUUUUAGUGCCAUGAUUACAAGUGACAGCAGUGAAUACUUGUACUAUCACGCCUUCAGUGUUGGAGAAGUUAGAAGGAUAGUAGAUGAUGCUAAAGGAUAUGAGCAAAUAUACACCUCUACGCUCAGGUUCAUGUUUGCCAUUGAUUUGUCAAACAAUAAUAUCAGUGGGGAGAUUCCUGAAGAGUUGAUGGAUCUUAGUGGUUUGAUGAGUUUGAAUUUAGCAGGUAAUCAUCUAGCUGGAAGAAUUCCUGACAAGAUCGGAAAACUUGGAAAACUGGAAUAUCUUGAUCUCUCUAGAAAUGAACUAUAUGGUCCUAUUCCACAAAGUCUGUCAGAUUUGAAUUUUUUAAGCCGCUUGAACCUUUCCUUCAAUGAUUUGUCAGGGAGAAUUCCCACAGGAAACCAACUCCAGACCCUUGACAAUCCAUCCAUAUAUGCUGGCAACAAUCAGCUCUGUGGAAAACCCAUCCAGAAGCCCUGCACCAUUCACGACUCUAGUGAAACCAAUUCUGAUUCAGAUGACGGGCACGUGUGGUUUUAUGCUGGAAUAGGACCUGGUCUCUUGGUUGGCUUUUUGGGGUUCUGCGCUUCUUUGCAUUUCAUCAAGUCUUGGAGGUAUUUAUAUUUCCAAACUGUGGAAAAAGCCUUUGACAAGAUAGCAAUUAAGGUUGCUUUGUUGCGCAGAAAGAUCCAUAACAAACAGACGUAGGUUCUUUAUCAAGCAGUAACCUUUACGAAUUUGCAGUACAUAAAUGGAGCUCCAGGAAGAAUAUGUCUGGUUAUAUUCUAUUUAUUGAAUCCAGCUCUAUAGUAUAUGUCAAUAAAGAGACAUCCGUAUGUUAAUGCAGCAGUGUCUCUGAUUGUAAAUUUGUUGUUAUUGUAUUCUUAUGUUUACCACUUAUCAUAGUGAAAGUAGUAUUGCAACUAGUAAAAAUAGCAAUCCCAGACUUAUUCUACUGGAA